AUGACGGGCCUGCUGGCCUCCAGGCUGCGUGCAGAGGGCGCAAGGUCUCCUACAAAGGGUACAGAUAUUCCCAUGCGGCAGCCGUCUGCUGAGGAUUUGGAUGCGGCACAUCAGCUGGUAUCUUCCGCACGAGGUGGACGAGAUAAUGUAAUGAAUUUUCGCUCCGACAGACAAGAAAUGACCGGCAAAGCGUUGGAUAAUACCCAAGGGGAUGGGAGCCGGAAUAUGGAUUCGCAGUUGCAGAAUGGACACAAAGCUCCUGUCGAGCAACGGGUGGGUGAGCCGCCACCUGAGUCUGUUGCCAAUCCAAUAGAUCAUCCGACGUCGUCGAAGAAAUCCCCGAAAGCGCAGAGUAAGGAGCAGGCUUUCACUGGGCAUUCGUGCAGCAACUGCGGUACGAAACGGACACCAUUAUGGCGAAGGUCUCCGACUGGUGCUACAAUAUGUAAUGCCUGCGGCUUGUACCUCAAGGCCCGGAAUACUGAUCGUCCAACGCAUCGUUCCCGUUCGCUACUUACUCCGUAUGGCUCAAGUUCUGCGCAAACCCUCGACAAGUCGCGGAGCAGUACGUCACCCACAAAUGAUGGGAAUGAUCCUCGGCUGACAGACACAUGGUCGAACUAUGCUGUCAAGGAGUGUACACCUUCAGGAUCGUGUCCGGGCGGAGGAAGUUGCAAUGGCACUGGCGGUGCAGAAGGGUGUGAUGGGUGUCCUGCGUAUAACAAUCGCGUUUAUAAAUCCGCUGCUCGAAACGCUAUGGCGCUCCAUACUCCGAGAACGUCGCCGCAAGUAUCAAGCCAAGGCGGCCCUGGAAGUACGGAAGGUGAUGCCGGCUCAUCGAAUCCUGAAACGAUGACCCUCCACAUAGCUUGCCAGAAUUGCCAAACUACCGUAACUCCGCUUUGGAGACGUGACGAGAAUGGGCAUCCUAUUUGUAAUGCUUGCGGACUCUACCAUAAACUCCACGGCGCCUAUCGACCACCCACGAUGAAAAAGUCAAUUAUCAAGAGACGAAAACGUGUGGUUCCCGCCAUGCGCGAGCAAUCUCCCCCAAGUGCAACCCAAUCCUCGAAUGGCUCCGUUUCCCCUGAAGCAUCUCCCGCUGCCCUUGCGCACAACCACGAUAGUCAUCGUCAGUACCAAAACGUCGAACACGGCAACGGACAUCCACCACCUCACACCCGACCUUUAUAUUCCCAUCCAUAUCACGCCCCACCCCCAGCAGACUUCACAGGUUACACCUCAAACGUCAUCUCCCUCCCGCAUCACCCCCCGUCCACUUCUCAGCAACUAAGACCCUACGACAACAACCACAACAACGGUGAAACCACAAACACCCACCGCGCACCCAUGCCCGCACUCCACAAUCCAAAGAAGCGCACUAUCUCCGAAUCAUCUAUAGAAGACUCUCAACGCCCACAAGCCAGCCAAAUCCCCACACACAUCCCCCAAAUAAACCCCCCCACGCCCCCGUCCUCAUCCUCCGCCUCCUUCCCCAAUAAUAACCCAGGCCGCUUCAACUCUAUCUCCUCGCUAUUAAAUCACCCCGGCGAAGCAGCUACAGCAGCAGCCCACGAUCGGGACGAUAGCCGCGUGGAUCCCGCGCUUUCCUCAGCUGUCGCCCCUCGAACACAUCAGCCACAGCAGGAGCACCAGCAUGCCUCAGCUGGUUCCCACUCCCCUCCCCGCUUCAGCCCUUCUUUGUCACCUGCACCGCCAUCUGCUGCCGCUGUGCCUGUUGGUGGAGGGAGUGGGAGUGGUGCAGCUGCGGGCGCGGGUGUAGUAGAUCAUCGGGACGCAAAGGCGGAGAGGCGGGCGCGGUUGCAGCGUGAGGCGGAGGAUAUGAGGGAGGCGUUGAAGGCUAAGGAGAGGGAGUUGGCGUUGUUGGAGUAG